AAUGUGCUUUCAAUGAAUAUUGCCUAAAAUAGAUUUGAUAAUGAAAGGUUGCGGGUAAACUUCAAAACGUUCUUCAAAAACUCUCUCGAACAAUUUUCUAAAAUAGUGCUUAAAAUGUGUUAAUUGAUAAUUAAUAAUAGAUUAUGGGUAAUUUUUUUUACGUUUUUCAAAAACUCUCCCAAUAACCUAUAUCUUUCUCGGAAAACGGGGAGGUGGGGACAGAUGCCGGAAAUUCCAGAAUCAGACUAAAUAUAACUGAUAAUUUUUUACUACCAAUAAAUUAAUGUGCUUUUUAGAUCUUUGUAUUAAUACUAUCAUGGAAACGUAGAUAUGAAAUUAAGCUGUGUUGAUAUCACGAUCUAUUUGAGGAUGGAUUUCCGGGAGUGACUGAUACGCUCCGCCCCCUAGUGAAUAUGCAUGAGGCUAUCAUGCUUGAGUAAACAUAGCCGGACCACGUCUAUAAAUUCUCGGUUCAUUCACAAGAAUUUCAUUCACGACUCGAAAAUAGAUCGAGACAAUAAACUGAUAGCUUUGAGAAGUUACUGAACUGGGUAGCUGUCAUUAUUCUGAGCAAUAUAGUUUCAUUACCUUACAACUGACAACAGAGUGUGACAAACGAAUAUAUUUCAGAAAUUGGCAUCAUUCUUGUGCAGAAUUAUUAUUCGAGGUUUUAAUAUUGUUAAUUAAAGAAGUGAAAUUUCGUGCAAUAUAAAGAAUGGCUUCACAUCAGAAUGAAAGAAUUGCAACCUCCAGUCAGGACCAUCGUGGGAAGGCAAGGGUCCAUCACAUUACCUCCAUGCUCCGUGACUUGCUCAUCGUGGUGGUCGUUGUGAUGGCAAUUACGUCGUCUCAUGUUGAAUCCGCAACACUAAGGCGAAGAGUUCGAGCAAUUGACAGUUCCACGAGAAGAGAGAUUGUCAAUAAUAUGAAUGGGAUUUUAGGGUUGCUACACUGCAGUAGUAACUGUCUCCGUAAUGAUUUUUACAAUGCACGUUUUCCCAACAACAACGUACCUGAGGUGAAUAUGUCUUGGCCAACUCCCAUAGAUCUGGCUACUGUCGACACUCGAGAUACUACAGAGGCGGAACAAAAACUUCCCCAUCUUCAUAGAAGCAUUAGCCUAUUCGAGACAUUGCUUCAUGAAAUGCAACAAGCCGAAUUAGACGAGGAAAGAAGACUGAUGGAGAAUGAAGAGGCCCAAUUCACAGCUUUCAAUCAUAGGUUUAACGAAGUCAAUGAUAGGAUGUACAACAUCAGACUAGCUUUAAAACACAGUAUGGAUAAACUCGGUCUGACCGCUCUAGAUUCUCAUCCUACGAAUGAACCAUUUGCAAAUAAAACUCACAUCGAAUACUCACCUGCCAUGUUACAUGUUCUGGACAAGAUUGGAACAGAUCUUCAAAUUUUAGAACAUAUAAUGUCCAUAAUAACGUAAAGCAACAAUUAGUCUCUAUAAGCGCUCAAGCAGUAAUGUAACAUCAUUACUAUUUGCACAUAGAUCUGAGUUGAACAGUUCAAAUUCUAGCAGUUCUUGAAAUUUCUUUCAUUUUCAAAGAAUUUUCCUUUUUUUUAUUUCUCCGAUCGGUAAUGAUCCCUAUAUGUUUAUGUAUGGUGAUAUUCACCACUCUAUUAAUAAUCUCAUGAUACAUCUGAGUUUGAAUCUAUAGAACUGAUUGUUUUGACCACUGACAUAAAUAUAUUUACAACUAUUUUUGCGCUAUAUAAUUGCUUAUUAUUAUUACUAUUAUAAAUACAUUUCAUAGAUUAAAUACUGGAUGUUCUGAAGAAAGAAUUGAAUUUAUGUACAUAAAAAUGCAUGUACAUCAAUGUUUUUCAAUCAUUGCUAAAUUAUUUCAAAUGCAUGUUUUUUUCUUCAUGAAAUUAUGAAGAAGUCUAUAUUCAAACAUUAAUAAUCAAAUUUGAUUAUUUAUCAUAUUUAUGAAGUCAUGUUAUAAAUAUUUGAAACAAUAUCCAACAAGGUUGAUAACACCUCUCACAAAAAUAUUAAAGGACAAGUCCACCUCAGAAAAAUGUUGAUUUAGAUCAAUAGAGAAAAAUCAGACCAGCA